AAUCCGAAGUGAAGCAUUAAUCGUUACAACUUCUGUUUCGAUGUGUUUUUGAUGGCUUCGUUGUUAUUGGUUUGGUCUAUUUCGCUAGUUCUGGAUGGUUUGAGGAUUAUGAUUUAGGAGAGAUCCUGUAUUGCCCCACCAUUUUUUUAUUUUAUUUUGAAGGCAUUGAGAACAAACUUGUUGGCUUUGGUCAUCCAUGAGAUUUCUAAGCAUUGUGGGGAAUUCCUUUGGAUGUUCCGCAUCUGGGGAACGAUUAGUUUCAGUAGUAAGAGAUGAGGAUCUUCAAGAAGCCAAGGCUUUAUUGGAAUACAAUCCAAGGCUUUCAAGGUAUUCGACUUUCGGAGCUCAAAACUCGCCUCUCCAUUACUCUGCUGCUCAAGGCCACUAUGAGAUAGUUUCACUCUUGCUUGAGUCUGGAGUAGAUAUCAAUCUCAGAAACUAUAGGGGUCAGAAUGCUCUGAUACAAGCUUGCCAAUAUGGCCAUUGGAGGUUGUUCAAACCUUGAUUCUCUUUGGGGUCAAUAUAAGAUU